AUGAUUGAAAAAUCUGAAACUGGUGAACAAGAAGAAGAACCUGUCAAAGCUAAAUCGCCAAGUAAAAAGAAUAAAGAAAAAUCCAAGGCUGAUGAACAAGAAGAAUCUGCUAAAGUUAAAUCAUCAAAUAAAAAGCGCAAAGCAAAAUCUAAGGCUGACGAACAAGAAGAAUCUGUUGAAGCUAAAUUGUCAAGUAAAAAGCGCAAAGAAGAAUUUGAUAUACAAGAAGAAUCUGCCGAAUCUAAACCGUCAAGUAAAAAGGGGAAAGAAAAAUCUAAAAAUGAUGAACAAGAAGAAUCCGUUAAAUCAUCAAGUAAAAAGGAUAAAGAAGAAUCUAAAUCGUCAAGUAAAAAGGAUAAAUCUGGUAAAGUGAAGACCGAAAAGAAAGAAUCGGUGCAAAUAGCAGAUGUGGAAGAGCACGGAGAGACUUCAAAAACUACAAAACGUAAACAUGACGGUUCAGAUGAGGGUAAAGAUGAUGGUAAAGAUGAUGGUAAAGAUGAAAAAGGUGAAACUUCAAAAGAAUUUUUUAUUCAAGUCUUUUUUAAAUUUUAUUUUUGA